AUGCAGUUGGCUACUACGAUAGCACAUGUAAUGGGCGAUGCUCAGAGCAAAAUGAGUGGGAGCAAAGAGGAAGAAGUGGAUAGAAACAUGCAGAUGUUUCAUAAACUGAAGCCUCCGUUGUUUAAAGGAGCUGUGAGACCCCAGGCUGCUGAGGAUUGGAUCCUGAGAGUGGAAAAGAUUUUUGACAGCAUGCAGUGUCCAGGAAAUCGAAAGGUACCAUUGGCUGUGUUCCUGUUUGAGGGUGAGGCAGAGAGAUGGUGGAUCGGACAACAAAGAGAGAAAUUCCAGGGGAAGACUAAUGCUGAGAUCACUUGGGACGAGUUCACUGCAGUGUUCAGGAUGUGGUUUAUACCACCGUCAGCUCAGCGACAGAUGUAUGAAGCUUUUAUGAGAUUGGAGCAAGGCCGCAAGUCAGUGAUGCAGUACGAGGCCGAGUUUACUGCACUUGCGAGGUAUGUUGCUCAUCUGAUUCCUACUACCGAAGAAAAAUGCUAUAGAUUUAUGCAAGGAUUGAACAGAGAGUUGAGGCAUCCACUAGUACCCUUCCGGAUACAUGAGUUUUCUGAGCUGGUGGAGCGGGCCCGAUUGAUAGAGAUUGAUUUGGCGACACCGGUAUCGAGGUACGAGGAUACCAGGAGGAGGAGAGAUGAGGUACGACGAGAUGAUUCUGGUAGAGACAGAGAUAGAGAGAAAAAAAGCAGAUACGAUAGUUCGAGGGGAUCUGCAUCGGGAUCUGUAUCGCGAUCUGCAUCGGUAGUAUCGUUUGGUAGUUCUGGAGCGUGCAUUCACUGUGGUAGAUGA